GUAGGACGCGCCGCGCGCCGCCCGCCCGCCCGCGAGCCCGCGAGCCCCUGCCCGCUCCCGCUGCCGUCCCGUCAUGGCCUCCGCUCAGCCGCCACCGACUCCAGCGCCCAGGAUGCAGCGACCAGCCAGCGGAGCGGAGACGGACGUCAAGCCGAGGCAGCGGCCCCGGUAGAGGCGAGCCGCGCCGGGGAGAGCCGCCUCGCAGCAUCCCGUUGCCCCCCCCGGUCUCCUCCAUGCCUUCGUCCGGAGCCAAGUACAGCGACACCGUAAAGAGGGCUGCGAACCGGGGGAGCGGCGGCGGCGGCGGCGGAGGAGGCGGCGGCCGAACCAUGAGCACCGCCAGGGAUUAUUCCGUUAAUCUGUCCGUGCAGCAGGUGCUGAGCCUCUGGGUGCAGGGCACGUCGCUGCAGCACUUCACAGAGAUGUGGUACUGGGUGUUCCUGUGGUGCCUCUUCUCCUCGCUCUUCGUCCACGGGGCCGCCGCCCUGCUCAUGCUCGUCAUGCUGCAGCGCCACAAGUGGGGGCGCCUCAUCACCCUGGUGCUGGUCAGCGUGGGCUUCCUGGCCUCCCUGUCCGGAGGCGUCAUCACCAGCGCGGCGGUGGCCGGCGUUUACCGCGUGGCGGGGAAGGACAUGGCGCCGCUGCAGGCGCUGGUGUUCGGGGUGGGGCAGACCGCCCUGUCCGUCCUCAUCUCCUUCUCACGCAUCCUGGCCACGCUGUGACGGAAGUCUGGGACCCGAGACGCUCCGGACCGCCGCGGGGCGCAGGGCGGAGGGCGGAGCGCCCCCUGCUGCCUCCACGCUGCUGCUGCCGCCGCCGUCAGGCCGAGGUGUUCACCACUUCCUAGUGCCAAAAGCUUCUUCGUGUUCCCGCCAGACUCCCAGCGGCUUCUGGACAGGUUCAGGUACAUCAGUCCUGAACCGUGAAGCGGGGGUCCCUGACCCGGACCCUCCACCCCCACCAGCCGCCUGCUGACGGGUCCGAGCAGGAACUCAUAACUCCGUAAGUCAAGCAUGAGUCAGCCGCUUGGCCUCCGAGCAGCGUCCAUCGGGAAGACGCUCGCUGGGGAGGAGAACCAGCGCCAGAGCCCCUUCACACCACAUCGGUUCACGUCAAAACAUCGAUCUGCGAUCAGAAAAGUGUCACGUUUGCUGUGAAGAUGAUGUCUGUUCCCAUGGAAACGGUGAAAACGGUGUUGUUAGCACGGCGUGCCUCAUGAACACAUUCGUACGGACAGAAAGAACGUUGUUAUGGUCCACCUGCUGAGCAUGUGCAGAAGAUUGAGUUCCUGCAGCAGGAUCCAGGAACAGGAGCGCAGUUUCGUUCAAAGAGUUCCGCCGUGGGAGCGGUGGUGGUGUGAACGGGGUCGUUCAGUCUCCCUGGAGUUGAACCUUCAUCGCAGGGAUGAUCCGACCUUCUAAUUCCUCUUCCCUUUCCUCCGCUCGGCAGUUUGUUCAUUUUGCACCUUUUUAAUCUGCCUUGUUUCAGUCGCAGCGUCCUGCAAAGGAAAGGAAGGGACUUCCGUGAAGAAUGUGCUGAAAUCCACUGAGCGUUUCUCAUCGGACAUUCCUCCCAAAUGAGCAAAUUCAGGCUGAAGCGCCCAAGUCCCAGUGAUUUCUGGCUUUAUGUGCGCCUCUCCGCCGUGCGGUGGAUCCCACUGCAGGAUUCUUGUAGCUUCACUCUGAUCUCGUGACAUUUGCACAAACAUCUGAUCUGAAUCUGAGUGAAAACGACGCGAUUCACAGGUUUCCAGCCUCCAAAUGUAAUUAUGUAACGGAGUCAGUUCCAGCGCUGCACACCAGGGGGCGCCAUUGCUCUGAAAAAGAGGAGGCGGCAGAAUGUCAGUGGUGAGUGAGAUCAGGCAAUCAGAUGAAAUACUGAGAAAAGUGUGUUGAGGCGUUUUUCUUUGUAACGAUGCUUCUGAGCAACAGAAACAGUUUAUAUUCCCUUUUCAAUCCAGCAACAUUUGUACUUUAUUUCCAUAAAGUGGAAAUCUAAUAUUAGCAAUCAGAACUAAACUUUUCCUCCUUUAUGAAAACCGAAAGCUUCUGUUGCUUAAUCUUGCACAAAUGUCUGAAUGGUUGAUCGAAGCAUUUCAGCAACAGAGAAAUAAUCCGUCACAUGCUUUAAUUAAUUAUUUCACUAUUAUCUCUCAACACGUCACUGAAUCAAAAGCUGAUUUUUAAGCAGCGGUGUCGCCUUAAAUGUGACGGAAGUCGUCACGGCCGUUCACCGUGGCCCCGUUUUCACCUCGAUUUCCGUUAAAAUGCACCGCAUGGCGACGGUUUUGACCCAUAUCUGAUAUGAAUGUAGCCCAUAUUCACUGAUAUCGAUAUAAAACACGUUUCUGUCAGGACUUUGUAUGUUUAAAACCCCCAAAACACUGAAUUUGAAAAUAUUGACACCAAAUUCAAAAUACACUAGGAUGGUGUAACGGGGGCCUCAGUGACGUCUCACACCAGGGUUUCUCACUCUGGGGUCUGGGGCCCCUCCUGGGGUCUCCAGAGGUCACCCAGUGGUCUCCCCUCCUCUGAGGUCUUUUAAAUCAGACCUGCACCUUCAAGAAAACCAGAAUGAGACACUGUCUGAACCCUGGCCGGCGCUCCAGUCAGUGGACCUCUGGAUGGGAGCUGCUCGCGGCCGUCUCGCCUGUCUGGGCGCUCAGGAGGGUCAACAAAUGCCUGAAUGCUCGACCUUCAGCCGUGUCUCACAAGAACGUGGCUCCUCGUCUGAGUGAGUCCGUCUGUGGGCCAAAUCAUUUCAUCCGCACGCUCAAGUUUUUACUGCAGAUUUUACAAACGAAACAAAAAGGCUUCUCAGCUGUGAGUUCUCAUUCAGACCGACUAACUAAUCAGUUUGCUAAAGUGUUGAAAGUUUGAAAGCAAUGCGGCUUCUCGCCUCUCGCAAAGUCCUGCAACGACGGAGUGUUUGUAGAACUCGGAGCGGAGCUGGAGGUGUGUGACGACUCCGGCCUUCCUAUGAGGAAGAGGAUGAGGAAGAGGAGUCUGCUGUGUGACCUGAAGGUUUGUAGAACCUGUGGAAAUGCCUUCUGCUGGAAGGUUCUGUGUGUCGGAGGAAGUGGGCGUGGCCACCAGCGUUCGUCUUCACUGUAGUGUUUAUGCGCGGUCCGGAACGAUCUGAGGGAGCCGCAGUGUGACGGAACUGUGUUCGAUGCCGAAGUGUGGAGCUUCACCAGGAGUGUGAAACCCGCCUGAACCCCCCCCACAUUACCGGUGAAUGCAACCUUCACUGUCGUGAGACGCCGUCUGGAUCAGGUUCCACUGAGCGGACCGUCCGACCAGAGACCCUGUACAGACCCGAGUGGUCCUUGUAGAUAAUGUACCAUAGUCCCUUUUUUAAUUUUGUACCGGCCCAGCUGCUGAUAUUUAUAACUCCUGCCUAUUUCUCUACGCGCUCUGGGCCUGGACGUCCCCCACCGGGGUUCCAAUAAAACCUUU